AUGGACGGAGAGGCCGGCGGGCGGGCGGCGGGUCUGGGCCGCGCCGUGGGCAUCGUGACGGGCGCCUCGCGAGGCUUCGGCCGGAGCUUGGCGCGCCUGCUGGCCCCGCGCCUGGCGCCCGGCUCGGCGCUGCUGCUGGUGGCGCGCUCUGCGGCCGCGCUGGAGCAGCUGGAGGGCGAGCUGCGCGCCGCCUGCCCGACGCUCCGCGUGCGCGGCCUGCCCGCCGACCUGGCCUCAGAAGACGGGCUGCAGCGCGUGGUGCACGCCGCCCGGGAGCUCCGCGGGGACGGGCCGAUGGAGCGGCUGCUGCUCGUCAACAACGCCGCUUCUCUUGGCGAUGUUUCCAAAUCCUUCUUGGACUUCACCAGCCCGGGCGAAGUCAAUGCCUACCUGGCCUUCAACAUCACCUCUGCGCUGUGCCUCACCUCCUCCCUCCUGAAGGCCUUUCCUGCUCAGCCUGGCUUGUGCCGAACGGUGGUCAAUGUCUCCUCGCUCUGCGCUCUGAAACCCUUCCGGACCUGGACCCUCUACUGCACUGGGAAAGCUGCCCGGGACAUGAUGUUCCAGGUCCUAGCGGCAGAAGAGCCAGGCGUCAGGGUGCUCAGCUAUGCGCCAGGUCCCCUGGACACGGAUAUGCAGGAAGAGGCUCGCACCAGAUCGGGAGACCUGGAGCUGCGGAAGAGGUUCCUGCACAUGAAGGAACACGGGGAACUGCUGGAUUGUGACAUCUCCUCCCAGAAGCUGUUGGAUCUUCUUCUGGCAAACACCUUUGAAUCGGGGGCUCAUGUUGACUUCUACGAUAUCUGAAAAAAAGCACCGACCCUCCUUCUUCUCCCGGCACCUCCUAGGCUUUUGCUACUCUCUACUGUACCUCUGUAGGAGUUGUGUUCAGCUUUCUCUCUUGACGCAGCAACCAUGGCCUGCCACUCAGAGCCUUGCAUAUUGUGGAAGCAUCCGCAAAGUUCUGAGCCUGGGCUGUGUGGAAGGAGAGGAGGGAUCCAAGCUCAGGAAGAGGGAAGGGGUGGGAGGAACACCUGGGAAGUGUUUGCACUUCACACACAGGGAGGUAGGGGUGUGUGGAAGGUUUCCCUGUAACCUUGGUGUCGCAAGCAUCAAGGAACCCAACAUAGUCCUUCCACAAGGUGGAACCGGUUGGGCUGUGAUCUGAAAGGAAAGAAAGUUCAGCCGAAGAAAUGGUUCUGCAGCUCUGAGGAGCCCAGAGGGUUGCAAUGAAAGGCACUCAUUCUGGGCAGAGCUGCUCUUGGGCUCCACUCUUGUUUCGAUUGUCUCUGGUCAGUCUACCUGAGCCAUUCCGUGAGCUUCCCACUGCCCAGUGCACCUGCUGGGGUUCUGCCACCUUUGCAGAGAAGCAGGAGCGUGUGGCUGUGUAGGACCCCUCCUUGGAAGCGGAAGCCCAUCUGUGGUCCUCCUGAGGCCUUUCUGUUGAAAGGUUGAGACCGUUGUGAGGUGAAGGAAGCCAAGCCCUGCUGGAUGAGGCCAAAAGGGACCCGCCCUGUUCUCAGAGGUGUGUAACACCCCUCUCCCCACUAGUGGUUCCCAGGAGGCAUGACUGCUGCUGACCGUGGAGACGGUGCAUGGUCACUGCAGCCUCGCAGGGGAAUGGAACAUGUGGGGCUCUGUGCUGCUGGGGUGGUGGUGCUGCCUAGUGGUGGCUCCCUUGGGCCCAACAAGGAAGGGGGCCUCAGCUACAAGGAUAAAGGUGGGGCCAGCUCAGUGGGGAGGUCAAGCUGCCAUAGCAAGCAUUUGGGCUUCUCUGGGCCUUUUCUACAUGGUUUGAGUAG